AUUUACGAUUUAGACCAAUUUUUAUUCUGAACAGACUAAAAAUAUACCCCACGUGGUUUUUGUGAAAUGAAAAUAUAAUAAUGAAUCACAAAAGAUCUAUGACAAAAUUAUUGGUAAUUGAGACGCCAAAUGCUCAAGCGAAACGACUAGUAAUUGACAAUCCUCGUCAGCGUACAUCCUACACACAUUCUUCCCCCUCAAACUCAAACUGCUGCGAAUCAAAAACAUCAACAAAUUUUACACAAAACCCAUUUAAUUCUACCCAUUUCUGAGAAUUUUUUAUUGACGAACCCUACUGAUUGAGAAAAUGCCGGAAAGCAUUACAGCUGAGAAUCUUAUGAACAACAUAAUGGAAACAAUAUCCGAAGGCAUUCAUAAACAGAACUCUGGUUCCCUUUUUGAGGAGGAAAUAUCCAAUCCUGUUGCUUCAAAGUUUAACCGUCUUUUUGGUCGUGAGCAGCCUGUGCAUAAAGUUUUGGGUGGUGGAAAGUCUGCUGAUGUCUUGCUAUGGCGAAACAAGAAAAUUUCGGGCAGUGUUUUAGCUGGUGCUACUGCUAUCUGGGUGAUGUUUGAAUGGCUGAAUUACAAUUUUCUGUCCCUUGCCUGCUUUUCUAUCGCCGCGGGUCUACUCGUUCAGUUUCUUUGGUCAAAUGCUUCGGGUUUCAUGAACAGGUCACAAGUCGAAGUUCCACGAAUUCAACUGCCAGAGGAAUGGUUUGGUAAUGCCGGCAUUGCAAUUGGUAGAGAACUCAACCGGGCAUCGAGAUUCCUUCAAAAUAUUGCUUGUGGCGGAAACUUAAAGCAAUUUGUUAUUGUCGUAUCAGGCUUGGUGGCUGCUGCUAUGAUCGGGAGCUGGUGCAACUUUCUUACACUUAUCUACCUUGGUUUUGUUGCCGCACACACCCUACCAGUUCUCUAUGAAAAAUAUGAAGAUGAAAUCGAUGGCUUUGUGGACAAACUCCUCAACCGCAUGACACACCAUUAUAAGAAUGUUGAUGCUCGUUUUCUCGGUAAAAUGCCCACUCGAAAGUACUGGGGAAAGAAACACGAGUGAAAAAAGAAGGUCGAAAUUUGAAGGUGUGUAUUUAAGGUGCGCGUUGAAUGUCAUGUUAGGAACUCAUGUUACCAUUAAUAUCUUUUAGUGUUCUUACAUUAUUUGUUGUUCAAAUCUGUAAUGUUUUAAUUUUAUUUUUAUCGAGUCAGUUUAAAAGUAUAUAUUCCUAGAUUCUAAAACAACUCUAUAUUAUUAUUAAUAAAGUUAAGCUUACGUACA